AUGAUAAGACAAUCCUUAAAAUUUAGAAAGACUAUAACCAUCGUAUGUGUUUUGUCUUUGCUGGUGUUAAUUUUUCUUAUUCUUAGAAAAGAUAAAAUUACUAAUGAUAGUGAACUGAAAAUACGAAACCAAAGACUAGAUGAUGAUUUCCAGGAUAUAGCAUACAGAGAGUUUGAGCAAAAACCAAAGAAGGCAUUUUAUGUCCUUGGAGAGAAGGAAACAAAGAUGGAAUCAAAUAAUGUUGCUGAUGAAGGCACGAAACAUGAACUUCAAGAGGCCAAAGCCCGCAUUGAACAAUUGGAGAAGAAAAUAGCGAUUCUGGAAGGAAGAAUACCCCAAAAAUAUCCAGAUGUUAAAUAUUUAGGUUUUAAGGAAAGAAAACGCAUAUUGGUUACAGGAGGGGCUGGGUUUGUGGGAUCACAUCUUGUUGAUGUGUUAAUGAUGCAAGGGCAUGAAGUAAUCGUUGUUGAUAAUUUCUUCACUGGACGAAAACGUAAUGUUGAACAUUGGUUUGGGCAUCGUAACUUUGAAAUGAUACACCAUGAUAUUGUAAAUCCAUUGUAUGUUGAGGCAGAUGAAAUAUAUCAUUUGGCAAGUCCUGCAAGUCCCCCUCAUUACAUGCAAAAUCCAGUUAAAACAAUCAAGACUAACACAUUGGGUACAAUUAACAUGUUAGGUCUUGCUCGGCGAGUUGGAGCCAAGAUUUUGAUUGCCAGUACUUCAGAGGUGUAUGGAGAUCCUAUGGUACAUCCCCAACCUGAGUCCUACUGGGGCCAUGUGAAUCCAAUAGGACCUCGUGCAUGUUAUGAUGAAGGAAAAAGAGUUGCUGAAACUUUAGCAUACUCAUAUGCAAAACAAGAAAAGGUUUCAGUAAGAGUGGCAAGAAUUUUUAACACCUAUGGUCCAAGAAUGCAUGUUUCUGAUGGACGUGUGGUAUCCAAUUUCAUAAUGCAAGCAUUGCAAAACUUAACCAUUACAGUGUAUGGUAAUGGAAAACAAACUCGCUCCUUUUGCUAUGUAUCAGACCUUGUUGAUGGUCUUUUAGCAUUAAUGGCGUCAAGUUAUUCCUUGCCUGUUAAUAUUGGAAAUCCUGUAGAACACACCAUAGAAGAGUUCGCCGUUAUCAUUAAAAAUCAAGUACCUGGUUGUCGCAGUACAGUUGCGACGGGCGCUGCAGUUGAGGAUGACCCGCAACGCCGUCGGCCCGAUAUAACAUUGGCUAAAAAGCAUUUGCAUUGGUCGCCUAAGGUCUCACUACAAGAUGGACUUCAGAGAACAAUAGACUAUUUUAAGGAGGAAUUAUCACGAACCACAUUUUAUAACAAUCAAACAUACAUUGAUUUUAAAGUUAAAACUUCUCAU